CCACACGUCCGUGUCAUUGUCAUGGACUUGCGACUCGCAGCGCAUGGUCUGCAUCUGUCUGCAGCAACGCGCAUCUAUUUUGUGCAGCAAGUCUGGUCGAGAGCAAUCGAAUCACAGGCCAUCAAGCGUGCGCAUCGUAUUGGACAGACUCGCGAAGUCUUUGUAGAGACACUGGUGCUGCACGGCACGGUGGAGGAAGCCAUGACGCGACGACGUGAUUCAGUCGCACAG